GAAGAAGCGAAAGCGUGCAUACGAUCCGAAUGAUAUGGACGAAGCUGGCCAGUCGUCUAUUCUUGCGCAGUAUGAUGAAGAGAUUGAUGGCAAGAAGGGCAAGGCUUUCACUCUGGACGGCAAAGGCCGCACCGUUGAAGAUCUCCAGGCCGAAUUCAGUGCUGCGUCUAGGCCAAAGAAGAUCGCCAUCAGUCUCGACCUCCUCAAAGAAGAUGCACCGGCGAACGAUUACAUGGAUAUAUCUGAGAUAAAGAUGAAGAAGCCGAAAAAGAGGAAGACCAAAAAGGCGAAACGGGAGCGCAUUGAGGACGAAGAGGACAUGUUCACGGUACCCGCGGAUGAGCCUACGGCUGACGAUAUGGAGAUUGACGGAGGGGAAGUCGCUGCGCUGAAGAAAAAGAAGAAGAGCAUGUUCGACGAGUCGUUUGUCGAUGACGACGAUCUACAGGCUAACCUCGCAGCCCAGCGCCAAAAGGCGCUCAAGAAGCGCAAGAAGAUGCGGCCCGAGGACCUAGCACGGCAACUGCGCGAGGAGGCUUCUACACCCCAACCUGACGUGCUCGAGUCUACUGAAGAUGGAGACGUCGCUACUUUGGUCAUCGAUGAGACGACUGAAUUCGUACAAAAUCUAGCCGCGGGAGACAACGAAGAAGAGGGCGCGCAACGGGUGUGGAGGAAAUCGAGUCAUAUCUCCGAGGGAAUCAAGUCAAUGGGUGGCGUUUCAGCUGCCGAUGAGGAUGGAGAUGUAGACAUGGGUCAGUCCUACGCUGAGGCAGCCGAAGCUGAGGACGCGCGAAAUCGAAGCGUGUCCCGCGCACGUUCUAUUGACAUCACAGAUACUGGCCUCGAGGCCGAGAAGACUGUCGAUCAAGGUCUCGGUGCCACCCUAGCUCUGCUCAAGCAACGUGGCAUGGCAGAGGGGUUCGACGGCGGCAUCAAGAAUUCCCACUACCGCGACCGCCAGAAGUUUCUCCACGACAAGCAAAAAGCCGAGGCGGAUUCAGAGCGUCAACGCAAAGUGGUGCGCGAGCGCGAGCGAGGGUCCGCCCGGUGGAAUACCAUGACCCCACGCGAGCGUGAGGAAUGGGCUCGAAAGCAGAACACCAGUGCCGACAUGAGUGAGAGCAGGAGGCUCGCCGACAUCUUCAACAAAGAAUACAAGCCUAAUGUCGAGCUCAACUAUGUCGAUGAGCAUGGACGACAAAUGAACCAGAAAGAGGCUUUCAAACAGCUCAGUCACCAGUUCCACGGCAAGGGCAGCGGCAACACAAAGACCAAGAAGUACCUUGACAAGGUCGAGGCAGAAAAGAAGAAGAUGGCCGAGAGCUCGUUGGAAGCUAGUCGGUCGGGUGGAGGUGGUUUCACUAAUGCGCUUGAUCAGCAGGCAAAGAAACACAAGACUGCUGGCGUCCGUUUGCUGUAGAUUGUCUUGGUUGGCGUCUGGCUACUUGCGACUCGCAUGGGAUGCACCCAAAGGUCAGUAGCUCUUGCAGUACUUUACGAUACCAUAUAUUAAUAGAACUUCCGAAUAGAACGAGUCCAGUCGGAG